AUGGCUACCCCGCUUUCCUCUUCUCCUCCCGAUCCUUCUCCCUCCCCUCCCCAAGCUUCUUCCUCUCCUCCUUCUUCGUCGCCCGUCACCUCCACCAUCGCCGCCGCCGACGACGAUCAACAGCAAGACCUAUCUCAGCAACAACAGAAUCAAGCGGCAGCUGAAGAAAAAGAGUGCCUGUACAAGACCAAAACCGUACAGUUCUUGGGACGCACCACCUCAAUCGUCCUCCAAAACGACAAUGGACCUUGUCCUCUCCUUGGCAUCUGUAAUGUUCUGCUGUUAAGGAACAUCAUAAGUUUGAGCCCGGAUGUUGCUGACGUCUCACAAGAGAAAUUGCUUUCACUUGUUGCUGAACGGCUUAUUGAUUCCAACAGUAACAUAGAUAAUAAAGAUGCAGGUUUUGUGGAGAAUCAACAACAGAAUAUUGCAGAUGCAAUAGAUUUGCUUCCAAGACUUGCCACUGGAAUUGAUGUAAAUUUAAAAUUUAGGAGGAUAGAUGAUUUUGAGUUCACCCGAGAAUGUGCCAUAUUUGAUCUGCUUGACAUUCCUUUAUAUCAUGGUUGGAUUGUUGAUCCUCAGGAUGGAGAUACAGCUGAUGCCAUUGGGUCGAAAUCGUAUAAUACUCUUAUGGGGGACCUUGUUGCCCUUGAAACACAAAAGAUGGAGGAUGAUGAAAAUAAGAAUAACCCCGAAGGGGAUUCUGUGGAUUUUGCUGCUGCUGCAACUGCAGUUCUGGGUGUUCCUUCUCCAUCACUUUCAAAAACUAGAUCUUUUGAAGAAUCUCCUCGUUCAGACAUUGAGAAUAGCGAGUUGAAGAAAGGAGACCGAGAAGAAGAAGCUGAGCUACAGAGAGCUUUGAGAAUGUCUGAAACUAGCCCGCAAACUGCAGAUGGUGCCUCUCUUUUAACAGCUAAUGGUCAUACUGAGCUUGGAUCUGUUGAUCAAGGUGAAGCUCCAUUUUCCAAAGGAAGUUCUCCUGUAGAUAUUAUCAAGGAGCAUACUUUAACUGAUGCUAAUAAUGGUUCAUUUAGUAAUGGUCAUUGUGAGCCCAUAUCUGUAGAAAACCCCGGUGAGGAGAUCUUAUCUUCGCCUUUGAAGACUGAACAGACUAACCACAUUGAACAGUCUAGUUCUCCAAACUAUGGGGAAUCUGACUUGAGCAAUAGCACACCAUAUGUACAGGUCUCUAGUAAGGUUUUGAUUCAGCAGAAUGAUCUCAAGCCUGGUGUGGCAGAAGAUGGCGGGUCUGUAUCUGUGGGUGAAUUUGAUAUCCCUAUAAAGCAAGACCCUGCAGAUACAUCACACAGUGAGAAGGCCGAGACUCAAUUUGGUUCUAACCUUGACAUCCAUGGACAAGUAGACCUAAGUAGGCAUGGCUCUGAUGAGGUGUCACAUUUAUCUCCAUCAAGUCCUGCUACAGAAUCAUCCAGUGGGUUAGUGCAGAACAAGGAUGUAACUGAACCUUACUCCCCAAGCGUUGAUGGUAGUGAACCCAUAUACGAGGGUGAAGAAUGCAUAUUGGAUUCAGGAACUCCGAAGUUUGAUGAUGGGGAGCCUGUGUACGAGGGUGAGGUUAUUCUUGCUGAACAAGUUGAUAAAUCUGUGGGAUCCAAAGAUGGUAUCACUCCACAACAAGGAGAGCUAAUAAGGAGCUUUUUGAAGAACAAUGCCAGCCAGUUGACCUUUUACGGCCUUUUUUGCCUGCAAGAGGGUCUAAAGGAGCGUGAACUUUGUGUGUUUUUCCGAAAUAACCACUUCAGCACCAUGUUUAAGUUUAAAGGCGAGCUUUAUCUCCUAGCUACUGACCAAGGUUAUCUGAACCAGCCUGAUUUGGUGUGGGAAAAGCUCAAUGAGGUCAAUGGAGAUACAUUGUUUAUGACAUACAAUUUCAGGGAAUUCAAGGUGGAAAGUCACACUAACGACUCUUGGAAUGAGCAGAAUGCAAUGGCCAGCACUGCUGACUAUCUUGCAAACAUGGAUACAGCUGCACGGGAUGGUGACAUAAGUUCUGAUCUCCAACUGGCAAUCGCUCUGCAGCAACAGGAGUUUGAACAGCAAGAGCCACAACGCCACAACUCACAGCCACUGUCUUUGGGGGGAAGUGAAUCGGGACUCAUAACUGGUCCUCCGGCACCCAGAACCGGGGCCAGAACAGCAACACCAUCCAGGGUCGAGGUGAAAGCUAAGGAGAAGGACAAGUCGUCGUGUACCGUGAUGUGA